AAAACAGCUGCAAUUGAAAGGAACUUCAAGAGGCGACCUCCAUCUCUAUUCCUGCGCGUGAACCGAACAACAUGGCGCUUACCCUGCUUUCCGUCUUUACUCUCGUGAUUCUGUUUUCUCUGAUUUCACCAGCCACGUCUUAUGAUUAUGGACCUUCAUUGUGCUCUCUCAACGGAACGAUUCUCUCUGCUAGACCCGGGAUAACCGACUACCUGACGUCUCCUAACUUCCCGAUGCUCUAUUACAGAAACGAAGAUUGCCAGCUGCUGAUAAGCGCGCCGAGUGGUUACAUUGUUCAAAUGGAAAUUUGGACUUUGACUCUCGACCGAUGUUGUGACUACCUCGAGCUCUUUGAUGGUAUUUCGAUGUCAAACCGCACACUGGCCAAGAUCUACACCAAGCCCUGGCCAGAUACCUUCUACACCUUUGGACAGCACAUGUACAUCAGGUUUUUCAGCGACGAUAAGUCUACUAACAAUGGUUUCAGGCUAAGAUACGAGGCUCUGACCUCAUCCAUUUGUCCUAGAGCAGCAGACCCUAUUUAUCUCAGGGCUGUGGCCGGGCAACUUGGUUACUUGACGUCACCAAACUACCCGUCCAACUAUGAGAACAACACCAACUGUAUGCGAAGGAUAACUGCUACCAUGCAGUAUGUCGUCAAGGUGACCAUCUUGAACAUGAACAUGGACCCAUGCCGUGAUGUCAUCCAGAUUUUUGACGGUAUGUCAGCUUCAUCCCCUUUACUUGCCAAGUUGUAUUCCAUGCCGUCACAGGUGUUCUACAGCUCUGACAGUUAUAUGUACAUCAGAUUUUUCAGUGGCUGGUCUAGCUCAGGUUCAGGCUUCAGACUGACAUACGAGUCGGUGCACAGACAAUCUGUUCCCCCCACUGUUCCGAUUCCGAUAUUCACAUCAACAACAGAACCUACGCAGGGUCUAGCAGUCACAACCACAACUGCCAAAACAUCAGAUUCGACGACUUCUGGCACACCUCUUACCACAUCAGUGUGCUCUGUCAGCCCUUCAAUUCUAGCUGCUGAAGCCUGGAUCGUGCGGUAUAUUACAACACCAAACUACCCGUUAAACUAUGACAAUAACGCCAGAUGUCAGCGGCGAAUAAGUGCUCCAAGUGGUUAUUUCAUCAAGCUGACUGCCUUGCACUUCGAUUUGGAGUCCCUUGACUACCUCGAAGUUUUUGACGGUAGGAUUCUUAAAUUAUCGCAUGAUUGUCUUGUUAACUGGUUGUCAACGGUGUUAUAUUUCUUACUGUUGUUGAUGAUCUCUGACUAUAUAUCACCUGUGGUUUUGUAUUAUUUUACCUCCUGUACUAUCUUUCAUGAUAGUGGGGAUGCAUCCCAUCCCCUUCACAUCUUCAGUCAGUUUGGCCCACGUCAUCUUGAAUGA